AUGGAUAUUUAGCAAUUUGAAAAAGAACUUGUAACAAAACUUUAAUUCAAAGCUUCUUCAAGAAUAGGUGUUGAAACAGUGCUCCUCAAAAUAUUCAAAUUCUUCGACCUUAGCAAUGAAGGGAAUUUGAAAAAGCAAGACUUUUUAAAAGCAAUAGCUAAAGCUGGUGUUACGAUUUCAGAUUAAGAAUUUGGAGAGAGACUUUGGACGACCUACUCUGUUAAUGAAUAACUAAAUUAUAAGGAGUUUAUUAAUAGAGUUGUUGGGAAGCAAUCAUUAGAGGAAUAAGCAGAAUCAAGAAUAGUACAAACAGGAAAUCCAUUAGAUUAACUCAGAGUUAAAUUACAAUUGAAGGGGGCUUUAGGCAUAUUGAAUUUAGCAAUAAGUUUACCAAGUUAAUUUACUGCUUAGCAAUUGCAGGAUUAUUUGAAAAGGAAUAAUAUAGAAGUGGAUGGGUUGUAUUAAUUAUUCAAUGGAGAGUAUAUGAGUGCUUCAAACUUGAUUAAUUAAAUUAAGGGUCAAUACUUGAAUUAAUCCAGGUAAGGAGUAGUGUCAGAUGUAUUUUACACAUUUGAAUAAAGAGAAGUCAAUCCUCAAUAGUUAGUGAAUAGAUUCAAUGCAGAUAGACAUCCCGAAAUUAAAAUACUAAAUAGAUCGCCUAAUGACGUUAGAGAAGAAUUUUUGUCAGGAUUAAGUGUCUAUCUGUAAUUAAGAGGAAUUAAAAUGUUGACAAUUCAAGAUUUUUUUGAUUUUUACUCUUAUUUUGGAUUCUAUGUGACAAGUGAUGAAAUAUUUAAGUCUAUUCUGGCUUCUGUUUGGGAUUUGAAUUAAUUUUAACAAUAAGCUCCAUAAUAUGGUACUCCACCUCAAAGUGUAAAAUAAUAAUAGUAAUAAUUCAAUUACUCCCCUGAAUCAUAGAACAUAAUAACCAAUCCUCAAAUUGUCUAAUAAUUAAAUUUUUCCCCAUCUUAAGAUAAAUCAGUAAAAUCUUAUCAAUAACAAUAAUAAUAACAAUAACAAUAACAAUAACAACGAUAAUCUGUUCCAAAAUCAGUCAAAUCUCAAUAGUCAAAUGCAUCCUAGAUGUCCUCAACAUCCAGAUAGGUUGAAUUAAUAGUACAAAGAAUCAGAAAUCGAUUGAUAUCAAGAGGAGCAAGAGGUUUCAUAUCUUUGUAUAGAGUUGGGAAAAUCUUAGAUGCUGAUCAUGAUGGGAUGUUGAAUUUGACUGAAUUUAGAAAGGCUAUUAGAGAUCAUAAAAUUGAAGUGACAGACCCUGAAAUAGAUCUUGUAUUCCAAUAUUUCGAUAGAGAAUCAUCUGGUUUAAUAGAUUUAUGGGGUUUCAUGUUUGUAUUAAGAGGUGAAAUGCCAUAAUAGAGAAUUUAAUUAAUCGAAUAAUUAUUUGAAAAAUAUAGAACAAAUGAUUGUGUCACAUUGUCAACAUUAAGAAACAACUUCAUUUGUAGAAAUCAUCCUGAUCUAAAAAGUGGCAAGAAAAGUGAUGAUGAAAUUGUUUAAGACUUUUUUGAACCAUUGCAAUAAUUACAUAAUAUCAAUGGAGGAUUUGGACAUGAAAAUAUUCCAAAAGAAGAACUAUUAGAAUUCUUUAGUAAUUAUAGUGCCUCAAUACCUGAUGAUAAAUACUUCGAGUAGAUAAUUGUGAAUGUAUUCAGAUUGCUGUAAGACGGAGGCAAGAAUCAUCAUGCUGGUAAUAAGUAAGUUUUUGAACCAGAUCAUAAAAGAAGUUAUUUAUAAGAUCACCAUCGAUAUGUUUUACAAGGAGGAAGUGUUUCUGCAAAUGCACCAUUUGGAACAUUUACCCAACAAGAAUAAUUAGCUUAAUCAAGACCUUCUGUAGGUUAUAAUUAACCAGCUUCAUUUAACAUAUUUAAACCAUUGGAAGAUGUCAAAGCAAUUUAAAAUGGAUCAUAACUUUAAUAAAUCCCACUGUCUUAAUCAUAGAUUUCAUAAUAAUCACAAUAGUAAUAAUAAGAAAGAGAGCAAAGUGUAAAAUCAAACAAAUAAAAGAUGGAUGGUGUGCAAAUUUUGAAGAAUAAAAUUUCAUAAAGAGGAUUGAGAGGAUUGAUAAAUAUAUAGUAUAGAUUUUAGUUGUAUGAUAAAUCCCAUUUGAAUGCUUUAUCAUACUAGGAAUGGAAGAAUUGCUUUAAGUAAUGGAGACUGGAAGUGAGUGAUUAAAUUUUAGAUGAAGUUUUCUAAUAAUUCCAAACAAAUGGAAUGAUGAAUUAUGAUGGAUUCAUUAAAUAAGUUUAAGGUACGAUGAGUUUAAGGAAAUUUAAUGCUGUUCAAUAAGCAUUUGAAUCUCUUCCAAAGGCUACCAUCGAUAUAGUUAAAUAAUAAUUCAGUGCAAAGGAUCAUCCUGAUGUCAGAGCCAACAGAAAAAGAGAGGAUGACAUUUUAUGCGAAUUCAUAGACACUUUUGAAUAACAUCACAUUGUUUUUACUGGGGGAGACUAUGUAAAAAAUCCUAACGUAACCUUUGAAGAAUUCAUUGGAUAUUAUAAUAAUUUAAAUGUGUUAAUUGAAGACGACAUUCAAUUUGAAUAGCAUAUUUAAUCAGUAUGGAGUUUAAGAAGGAGAUUCUGA